AUGGCAUCUUGUACCGACACCCUGGUCUUUCCAAGCAACUAUGAAAGCAACGGCUCACCCGCGAUUAUCUCCCCCUCUGCUGGAUCUACAUCGAUCAAAGAUGCAACUUCAUAUACCCAGUUAGCGAUAAUGACACGUUCGCUGCAGCGUGAUCUUGCUCGUAUUGGCGUUACAAAAGACAGCAGAGUUGCACUUGUAUUGCCGAACGGAUUAGAAUUUGCGGUUACACUUCUGGCAAUCAUACGCCAGCGCGGUAUUGCGGCCCCACUAAACCCACAGUACACGCAAAGCGAGUUCAGGGAUCUCUUCUCCCAGAUGAAACUCGAUUUGGUGGUGAUGCUACCCGAAGCUCGGGGCCCAGGUGAUAGCUCAUAUAUGACCGAUCCAGCUUUCCUAGCAGCACAGCGGCUGGGAGUGCACGUAGCAUUGUGCUACAAAACGAGUACACUGCAAGACGGAGGUGAACAGAUUCUGGAACUCGCCCUGAGGCCUCAUGAAAUCACCAAUAGCCACUGCACACCUGUCGCUGUUGACGCCGGAGCGGCAAUCUUCUCAAGAGAUGAGGUGCUACCUGGAGACAAAGUUGUCAUGCUCUCGACAAGCGGGACCACAGGUGCACCCAAGUUGGUCCUACUUAGUCACACCAAUCUUCUCACUGCUAUGCGCAUUAUUAUUGGCAACCAUCAGCUCUCGUCCAGUGAUAGAACCAUGAUAAUUACGCCGCUCUAUCAUAUCAUUGGUCUCUGUGGCUCUUUACUUGCUACGCUGUUCUCGGGAGGCUGCGCCGUUAUUCCAAAUUCGCUACCGGGCGCCUUCUGGCAGCGAUGUUCUGAUUACGGCAUCACAUGGUUUCAUGCCGUGCCGACUCUUCAUCGACUGCUUCUAAACUUCCCGCGACCUGGUGGUCGUGUCUCUCCACAUCUGAGGUUUAUCAGAUGUGGAGGUAGCGAGAUCUCUCCGGAUUUAUAUGAGCGCUUGGUCGCGUUGGGCCCGCCAUUGCUGGAAGUUUACGGCAUGACUGAGACCGCUCCUGCAAUAUUCUGCAACCGCUUGAAAGAUGGCAAUAUGAGACGCAGAAGCCAUUUUCCCAUUCCUGAUGCCGUAGAUGUGAUGAUAUUGCCAUCUACUGCACUGGCACCAGGGCCUAACGUUGAGGAAGCCUCGAUUACUACGCUGACUAAAGUCCCUGGUAUUAUAGGGGAGGUUUGUGUGCUCGGCCAAAAUGUUAUGGAAGGAUAUGUGGAAAACCCUCAGGCCAAUAGUGAGGCUUUUCUUCCCAACGGAUAUUUUCGCACCGGCGAUCUUGGCACCAUUGAGCCCGGUGGCUACCUAAAAUUGGUUGGAAGAAAGAAAGAGGUCAUCAAUAAAGGCGGAGAGAAAAUUGGUCCUGCCGAGAUUGAGCACGUAGCCUUGUCUCACGAGCUAGUUUCAGGGGCCGCGUGCUUUCGUAUUGCUGACAACAUGUACGGCGAUGAGAUUGGACUCGCCGUGUCUUUGGCAUCACACAGAGUGGGACAUCCGCUGGUUGCGUCGGAAUUAAAGAGCCACAUUGCUCAACAUUUAACACAGUUCAAAGUUCCUCAAAAGAUCAAAGCUAUUCAGUUUCUAGGCGAAAUCGCGUCUUUUAUCGAAACAAUCGACUUGGCCACUUUUCUUAACAAUGCAACGUUUAAAAAUGUGUGGGACACUAUCAGUGCGUAUCAGCAAAGCACAGAUGGUGGGACUGCGAAGAAAAAUACACGUAUCGGGUCGAUCGAAACGAUAGAAAGCGUCGCUGCUGAUAGUAUGGUUGGCAUAAGCUCUGGCCAACUUGCUUCAGCCCUGGAACGAGUUGGGGUCGCAGAAGAUAGCGUUACGCAAGUUGCGCCCGUGAGCUCUAUUCAAGGCACGUCCAUCGAAUUAUGCACGCUCGAGUAUAUGCUCACACAGAAGUUCUUUUUACAUCAUCAACAGAAUGGCGGCACAGGAUGUAUUAACUACAUAUACGAAGUUGAAGGGCCCAAUCUGAAACAAGGCUUGAAGCAAUUCACAUACCUGCUGGAAAUGAAAAAUCCAAUCUUUCGUACCACUAUCAUCGGUAUAGGCGAAAAUAAAUUUGCACUGGCCUUGCUUAAAGAAACAGCGUCGCAUUGGUCUUAUCCUUCCAGCCUUCAGUCUCUCCUUGAAAGCACAACUGCUCAGAAGCUUCAGCUGGGCGCGCCAGCCGCGCGAUACGCUCUUGUUCUUGGAGAUGCAGCCCACCAAGGCCGCAACUUUUUCGCAAUCUCUUUAUAUCAUACUCAUUGCGAUGCUUUCACGCGCUUUCUCAUCGACAAAGAAAUAUCGCGAAUCCUGCAAUCCCCGGUCAAAUAUGCAGAAGCCCAGAAUAUCGAACGCCCGUGGUUUGGCGCCUUUGUCAAACAUCAGCAUCUCAUUGCACCGCAGGAAGAGGUCAUGAAAUUCUGGGAGAAUUAUUUGCGUGGUGCGAAUGUGGCCAACAUCCAUCCACUUGACCAAGCCGUGGUUAGCGGCAGUGUCGAGAAUGUUUUAAAAGACAUGCUUCCAGUUCCAUUUAGCCAUCCCCAGCCCAACGGCGAUGCGCCAAGGAACCCAACACAGGUCAUCCUCGCCGCAUGGGCAAUGGCCCUGGCAAAACUAUCAGGACACCGAGACAUCACGUUUGGCCUCUGCCGCCACGGAAGAUCUUCCAAUACAUUUGCCGACGUGUGGCGUGUCAUGGGGCCUUUGGUCAAUGCGGUACCCUUUCGAAUAUCCGUACAGAGCAAGCAGGAGCCUAUAACGGAGCUACUACAGCGAGUCCAAGAUGACAUUACCACCACAACCAAGUGGGAGCAAGGGUUUGCUCCUGGUGUAGUCCCCAGCGCCGAUGGGCGGCCUUGGGUUCAGUCUUUUGUCAACUUGAGAUCCGAGUUGAACAAAUCCAAGGAUGUGUGCGACACAGAUGCCAGCGAUUCAGAUGUAACCAAGAUUGUCCCCAGGCCAGAUCUGGAUCAUUUCAAUACUGACUACCACUGGGCUGUCAUAUUGAUGGUUAAACGGCAACGCAAUCAAUACGAGGUUUCAAUGCUGUAUAACUCAUCACUUAUUGACCACAAACGAGCAAACACUCUAUUCGCCGACUUCAAGUCGCUUAUGACUACGCUGGAGGCUGGCGUUGGAACGAACGUGGGAAGUUUGCUAGAUCAGCCCUAA